AUGAACAGCGCCGGCCCCCACGUCAGCCGCGAGUUCUUCGAUCUCAUCAAAUUUAUUGGAGAGGCGAGAUCAAAGCAGGAGGAGGACCGCAUAAUAGCAAAUGAAAUAAUUGUGCUGAAGCAGCGAAUGAAUCAGCCGCGGGUUUCUACAAGAAAGAUGCAAGAGUUUGUUAUUCGAAGCAUCUACGUUGAGCUCCUCGGACACAGCGCUUCUUUUGCGCAUAUUCACGCAGUUAAUUUGGCUAAUCAAACCCCAGCAAAAGCAAAGUGGAUAGGAUUUGCGUUCUCCGAACGUGCUGUAUGUACACGCGGCGCUUCAAUGUGUGUCUCGCCUUUUAACUUUAGAGAUGCUUCCGGGUGUAUGCGCAGCAGCCUCAGAUUUGCUGCAGCAUCCAGCAGCAGCAAUUCGCAAGCAUGCAGUCAUGGUGCUGCACAGGGUCUUAGUGCUGCAGCCACCCCCCUUAUCUAUCUCUUCCCGCAGCAGCAGCAGCAGCAGCAGCAGCAGCAGCAGCAGCAGCAGCGGUAG